GGUCUCUUAAAGUGGGAGGGCCCGUCAUCUGACUUCGCGAGGCAGGAGAAAAAAAAAGAAAAAGAAAAAAAAAGUGGGUGUUUCUGCUGCUUGCUGUAGUGUUUGGUUUGAUGCGAUGCAACUUCAUGACUGUUUUUAAAACACAAGAGGAGCAGCGGGGUCUUUGUGCUUAGGGAACUGCCGGGGUGGAAGCGAACAUCCAUCGAUCCGCUGAGACGUGCAGGCCGAGCCGCCGACGUGGGGGGGGCGGCGCGGGGGGGAGGAGGAGGAGGAGGAGAGAAAGAGCUACCUCCGAUCAAGCUACACGGGAGAGGAGUGGAGAGCCCUGUCGAUGAGCCAUGGGUUUCCGCAAGAAGAACAAGAGCCCGCCGGUGCUCAGCCACGAGUUUGUGAUCCAAAAUCACGCCGACAUGGUUUCGUGCUUGGCCAUGAUUAUCCUCCUCGGCCUGAUGUUUGAGGUCACGGCAAAGUUUGCCAUCAUGUUCAUCACAGUCCAGUACAACGUCACACAAGUUCUUGAUGAGAAGACUGAGCCCGUGAACCUUUACCAAUACGGCCCUAAAGAUAUGGCCACUGUUUUUUUCUACCUGCUCAUUGCAGUCAUCCUUCAUGCGUUAAUACAGGAGUACAUUCUGGACAAAAUGAACAGGAGGUUGCACCUGUCAAAAACCAAACACAGCAAGUUCAACGAGUCCGGACAGCUUGCAGCGUUCUACCUGUUCUCCUUCAUCUGGGGCUGCAGCAUCCUCACAGCGGAGGACUUUGCUACGAAUCCUACCUUCUUAUGGGAGGGUUACCCACACACUUACAUGGUUUUUCAGGUCAAGUUCUUCUACAUUUGCCAAAUCGCCUAUUGGCUUCACGCACUCCCCGAGCUGUACUUUCAAAAAGUACGAAAGGAGGACAUCCCCCGCCAGCUCUAUUACAUUUGCCUUUAUGUUGUUCACAUCACUGGUGCCUACGUCCUAAACCUCCACCGACUGGGCCUGGUUCUUCUGGUCCCUCACUACCUGGUGGAACUCCUGUUCCACGCCUCGCGCCUCUUCUACUUCAGUGACGAGAACAAACAGAAGGGUUUUACUCUUUGGGCGCUGCUUUUUGUCAUAGCCCGCCUCCUCACGCUCACACUCUCAGUUCUGACAUUUGGCUUCGGGCUUCCCCGUACAGAAAACCAAGGAUUUUCUCUAGCAGAGGGAAACUUCAAUGUACUCACCAUAAGGAUGACUUGUCUGGCAGCUAUCUGCCUGACGCAGGCCUGGAUGAUGUGGAAAUUCAUUAACUUCCAGUUGAAAAAGUGGAGAGAGCACAGCCAGAACCAGGCGUCAAAGAAGAAGGUAGUGAGUCCAAAGAGCAGACCUCACAAACGGGAGCCUACAAGGGGAGGUGCUACCAAUGGGAUUGUGAAGUCUGAGGACAAAACAUCGCCGCGGGCAAGAAAAGCCAAAGCCUCGUAGAGAUUGAAGAAUUUGGAGGAGGAAGGGGAAGGAAAAAAAACAAAAAAAAAACUGAGUGAGGGAGUUCUGACAAUGUGACAUUAUGUCUUCACACAACUUCAGAUUCUGUGUACUGCUCUCUAAUGUUUCGGCGCACUAAGAAACCUUGCAUAACUGUCCCUACGCAGUUGAAGCUCCUUUUCGAGAGAAGGUUCGGUGUGACUGUCGGCAGAAACGUUAAGUAUUUGAUUUGGGUUUUUUCUGCAGAUGGGACGAGGGCAGGACAGAGGUGGUUUUGAUGCUUUAACAGGAUUGAUUUAGCUCUUCAAAGUGUCCUUUUGUGUUAAACUGGCUGGGUACUUUGAACUGAGUUGUUCUUUGGUCAUUUGAAAUGGAUCAGUUCACCUUAACAGUACUGUAAAAAUGCGGAUUUUUUACUUCAGGGCAACUUCAUCUAAAGUGUGAAAGUACAGUUUAACUGUACGGGAUGUUGUUUAAAGUUUGAGACGGCACCAUGAUACAUUACUGUUGUCACUAAACCAUCCUAAAUGAACUGCUCUCGAGACAUAUGUCUGCUAUUCAGUAGAGGUAUUCAGUGUGGCUGCAGCCAGACAACUGAAGCUCGUACUUAACUCCUUGAUCAUUUACUGCCAUCGUUUGACAGCCUCUGCCUUUGAAAUCCUAUGUGUUGCAGGAUUGAGGCCCUUUUAGUGUUUUACUUUUGCUUUCAUCAGCGGCCUGGUUAUCAGCUUCAGCCUCUUACUGGGGGCUCGUCCAGGUUCUUGACAAGUGACUCGACCAGAGGAAGCUGUACCGUAACCUUUGACGCUGUAGUGUAUGCACGCAGUUACAUCCUUAUAAUGGCAUGGCUAGAAAGCAGGAAGCUGUGUUUGAGACUGCCAUGAGGUCUUUUCUCCGUUAUCAGUCAAUGCAUGAUGGGUUUUAAGGCUGCAGACGUCAUAGCUAGCUCCUCCCUGUGCUGUUGACUUUGCAUCUCUCUCUCUCUUACACACAUACACACACCAACAUGCAUUCAGUGGCCUUUUCACAACUGCUGCAAGAAGUUUUUGAGUUCUUUAAUCUUUUUGCCGUAUACUUCAGAAAGAUAUUAUUUUCUAUGCUUUGAGACGCUAUAACCAGCAAACACAGCGGUACAUAGCAAGUGCGUUCAGUUAACCCGAAACAAUACAAUCUUUCUUCAAGUGUCCUUAUAACGUCGGUGGUUUGUAUCACUCGUUCUGCUUGUGUCGCGUUGUGUUGCCUUCUCUGCUGGUCUCUUAUUCUUGGGUAUCAGGGGAGAAGCUAUUCACCACUUACCCUACAAGUAACAACAUCCCAUGAUGCAAUGGGAGGCGUGUUUGCAAAGAGGGAGGUGUUUGUAUGCCUGUGCACUUAACUCGUGUGUGGACAGUAUUGUUUUGCCUACUUUGUGUGUGAAUUAACUGGGUGUGGAUGAUGAUGACACCGAUGACAACAAUGUUUAUUGCUUGUCUCGUAAAAAAAGAAAUAUAUAUAUAUAUAUAUAAAUAUAUAUAUGCCUGCGUGCAGAGCAUGAAAUGUGACAAUCUGUUUAUGAGCUCCCGCCCGGUUUGUUUGAUUUCUCAGUUACUCCCUGUCUUUCAGUUCACUUAGGUACAGCUCGUUUCAGGUCCCACAGCACCUCUGUGUGUAAAACACUGUGGAUCGUGGAUCGCUGUGUGUUCUAUAGGUUACUAAAUGCUUCUGUGUUCAAUGUCUGGACGCCCCUCAGAUCCACCUCUCCGUGCGAGAGAGAUUCUGUGGUCGUCCUGUCCUCCUUGCUUCACCUUUUUCGAUGAUUCUGACAUUGACCCGAAGCUCAGCCACGCCCUCUUUUUGAUCAUGGACCAACUCCUGCUCUAACACUAGAUAGUGCAGGUGAAGCUGUGUGCAGAAAACGUGAAGUUCGGGGGACUUCUAAGACGAGAGCAGGGAGGAGACGAAGACGCCAUGGUAACUUUUUGCUCCCUUUAGCGUUUCCUCCUUGUGACUUAAGGUUGUCUUAAAAUCCCCGCGUGAGUGUCGGGCAGUGUCAUAGGAGGAAAGGAGAAGCAGAGGACUUUUGUACCAGCCUGUUAUUAAACUGUCUCAGAUAUAAAUGAGGAAAAAAAAAAAAAGAACUUAACCCUACACUGUAAUACAAUAUGUGUCAGAUUUUUAAGCUAUUUUUAUAGAGGGGGAAAAUUCACUGUUGUUCAGUACACACGUGUGAAGAUUUGUUUUGCAUCCAUAUUGAUAGGAAUUGUUUUUUUUUUUUAUAUGAGAAUGAAGCUUGCUGAACUGUUAGCUUGGAUAAUCAUUGUGGUAUGAGUGUAAAACAUUUACUUAGCCUAAUAGUUGAUUUAACUUCAUGGCCUUAUUAGAGCAAAAUGAACUCAGUUGUAUAACAGUGCUCACUGAACAGUGUGCUGCAGGCUUCCACUGCAGCUUUCACAACUACAUGUUUUAUGACAGUGAAAUUACACCAUGGAGCCCUCAUCAUCACACAAGUUAAAUAUAACAUCAGAGGAGAGGAGGAAAUGGUCAGUGUUGUGUUUAGUUUGUUCCGGUCCUGCAGGUGUUUUUUCAUUUUUUCAGUUUUUGUCACGACCCUGCAUGUAGAGCAAACAAACUUUAUUUCGCAGAGUGAAACAAUCUGUAAGGAUUUUCCUGCUCGUUCAGUCAGACGGCAGACGUUCAGGCUCUGACACACGAGCCGCCCUGCAGUUCACACCCCCUCUCGCUUAGAGACACAGUGGCCUGUAUAAUCCCACAAGAAUGCACUUUUUGUUUGCAUAAUAUGUAUUUAUGUCAGAGCAUCACAACACCGCUUCUCCACUCGGGCGCUCUCUAUACUUAACAUGGUUUACAAGUUACUCAAUUCAAAACUGUGCAAUUUGUCAUUGUUGGAAACGCAGAUAAGGACAUCAAUAAUUCAACUGUAUGAGCAGCCUCUAGGUGGCAACAAUUUUGCAUUUGACCAGGAGAUCUCUUUAAAAGAAAAACAAAAAAAAACAAAGACAUGCACAGAAGAGACACAUGUUUAUUGUACUUAUUUAUUUGCAUUGUUCUUGAUUUGUUUUUAUUUUGCUGCUUGUUUUUAGAUGUUACGGUAUAUAUUUCCUUUCCAAAUAUGUUGUCUCUGAACUGCUCUGAUGGUAAGUAUUUAUGCAAAUUCCUGUGCUAUCUGAUCGUUUUUUCCUUUGCCGCCAUUGUUUUUCUUCAUGUUUGAAUAAAGCUUUUAUUCAUUACA